AGCCUUUGCCCAGCGCCAGUCAAUCCGCUCAAACGCUGUACGCCGUCCUAGGACGCACUCUUGCUGAGAGACUGUAACAGGGGCCCCGUCAAGAAUGUCGGUGGCCAGCAAAAACGCGUUCGCCCUCCUCGAAGACGAGGAUUCCUCACGGCCGUCUACCCCGGCGAGCAAGCCGGCGCCGACCAAGGAGUCUGCUCCCACUCCCGCUGCUUCUACGCGCGGGACCCAGAAGAGCCGUGGAGGACCUGCUUCGCGAGGAGGCCGAUACUACCAGAGGGGCGGUAAGCCUACCGCUCAGGGGACUCCGGACGCAGCGGAAGAUGCUGCGGCUGGUGAGGGUGAGGCACCCAGGAAGAAGUUCGAGCGCGGUCGCGGCAGAGGUCGCGGUGAGCGUGGCCGUGGCGGCCGUGGUGGACGUCCUUUCGACAAGCACAGCCAGACAGGCAAAGUUGACUCUGAGAAGAAGGUCAACCAGGGUUGGGGUGCCGACGAGGGCGAUGCUGAGUUCAAGGCUGAAACUGCUGCCGAGGGCGAUGCCGCUGCCGACGCUACUAGCCCUACUGCUGACGCCAGCGGCUGGGGUGCUGCUGAAACCGGCGCAGACGACUGGGGCGUCCCUGCCGCCACUGAGGGCACGCCUGCACCGGAGGGCGAGAAGGCUCCUGAGGUCCGACGCGGCCGUGACAGGGACAUCAGGGAACCCGAGGAGGAAGACAACACCCUCACCCUGGAAGAGUACCUGAAGCAGCAGACGGAGAAGGACCUCGCUGCCGUACCCAAGCUUGAGCCCAGGAAGGCAAACGAGGGCGAUGACUCCAUCUGGAAGGACGCCGUCGUCGUCAGCAAGAAGGACGAGGAAGAAAGUGCCUACUUCGUGGGCAAGAGCAAAUCGUCCGUUCCCAAGAACCGCUCCAAGAAAGAGGAGAAGGUCUACAUUGAGAUCGACGCUCGCUUCGAGCGCCCUGCCCGUGGUGGUGGUCGUGGCCGUGGCGGCGACCGCGCUGAGCGUGGUGACCGCGGUGGUCGUGGCCGCGGCCGUGGCGGAGGAAGGGGUCGCACUAAUGGCACCUCUGCUACUCCUGCCGUCGAUGUUGACGACCAAUCGGCCUUCCCCUCGCUCUCAUGAUCGCUUCGAUCACUACUCGAUGCAGACGUCAAAAUCAAUAUCACCACAUACAUCGCGAGUAUGUCAAUACGCCUCCAUUCGUCAAUUCCUCAUCCGCAUACAAAUCUGCGCCUCUCGUCAUCGUCUGUUGUGUGUGCCCCGCUUUCUCCUCCGCCUCUUGUAUCUAUCUACGUGGCUGUGGUACACUGACGCGAACGUCUAUGAGUCUAUGACAUGAUGCUACCUUAUGCUACCGUAACUAGUCUGUAUAUGCAUGUCUGCGUGUGCAAUUGGUGAUUCUCGUUGUACCUGUCUGCUAUGUGGCGAUAUGAAGUGUCGAGCAUAUGUAUAACCUGCGCCUGAAUCAUCGAUUGGAAAGGCCCGCGUGUGCACCGCGUUC